AUGUUCUCGUGCACUAUUCCACAGAUGAUAUCUCCACACAAUAAGACUUGCUCCGAGUUAUUCCUUAACCAACAGACAAGCGAGACUAGCUCCGAGUUAUUCCUCAACCAACAGACAAGAGAGACUAGCUCCGAGUUAUUCCUCAAGCAACAGACAAGCGAGACUAGCUCCGAGUUAUUCCUCAACCAACAGACAAGAGAGACUAGCUUCGAGUUAUUCCUCAACCAACAGACAAGAGAGACUAGCUUCGAGUUAUCCCUCAACCAACAGACAAGAGAGACUAGCUCCGAGUUAUUCCUCAACCAACAGACAAGCGAGACUAGCUUCGAUUUACUCAUCAACCAACAGACAAGAGAGACUAGCUCCGAGUUAUUCCUCAACCAACAGACAAGCGAGACUAGCCCCGAGUUAUCCCUCAACCAACAGACAAGCGAGACUAGCCCCGAGUUAUUCCUCAACCAACAGACAAGAGAGACUAGCUCCGAGUUAUUCCUCAACCAACAGACAAGAGAGACUAGCUCCGAGUUAUUCCUCAACCAACAGACAAGAGAGACUAGCUCCGAGUCAUCCCUCAACCAACAGACUAGAGAGACUAGCUCCGAGUUAUUCCUCAACCAACAGACAAGAGAGACUAGCCCCGAGUUAUUCCUCAACCAACAGACAAGCGAGACUAGCUCCGAGUUAUUCCUCAACCAACAGACAAGAGGGACUAGCUCUAAGUUUCUUUCGCAAUUUUAA